AGAGCAGUGCCCUGCAUCUGCGCAUGCGUCAGUGUGAAGCGCUUCCAUAAUUUUGCAAGUGUUGUGUAAGUGAAAGUGUACUAAAGCGACCUUACAGAUACCGUUCACGUUAAGACCAGACAUUUCUGAGGUACCAUGCAUGGUUGCGUGGUGGUCGGCGUUGGCAUGGCGGGUCAGGCCAGGAUCCGAGACCUUCUCACGCCUCUGGCCUCCAGCGCUGCGGAAAUCUUCACCCUUAAGGGCUUGGUGUCUAGGAGGACGCUGGAGAAUGUGCAGGGAGUCCAACAGAUCUCUCUGGACGAGGCGCUGAGCCGCAGCGACGUUCAGGUGGCCUUCUUGUGCACGGAAAACGCCAGCCAUGAAGAGUACAUCAGGAGGUUUCUCGAAGCAGGGAAACACGUGUGUGUGGAGUAUCCCAUGGUGCUCAGCUACAACGUUGCCACUGACCUCAUGGACCAGGCGAAACAGAAGGGUUUGGUCCUGCACGAGGAACACAUCGAGCUCCUCACUCCCUCCUUCAAGCAGCUGAAGAAAGAUGUAGCCGGAAAGCAGCUGGAAGAAGGAAGCCUGCAUUUCACAGGAGGUCCACUCAGGAGUGGGUCAGGGUUUCUGGCGUUCAGCGGCAUCGCACGCCUCACCUGGCUGGUGGAUCUUUUCGGAGAGCUCAGCGUUAAAGCAGCAACGAUGGAGGAGGAGCCGGAGAAGAAGCGCUUGCAGAUGACGGUCCAACUGCUAACCCAGGAGCAAAAACCCCUGACCUGGAUAGAGGAGCACGCUGAAGGCCUGAGCCGCGGCAGAAGCAUCCACCUGCGCUUCAGCACCUGCACCAUGACUGAGCUGCCGGUCGGCGUCCAGGAGCCCGUGGGAUUGUUCAUGCAGGACAUGGUGCUGUUCGGGAGCAAGCUGCAGGGCUCCAUGCCACCAGAACAACUCCAAUCCGAGACCAGGAGAAUCCUUCACUGCCUCAAGCUGGCUGAGGAGAUCCGGAAACUCUGCCAGGACACGACGGGCUGAAAGGAGAAGGCAAAGGGGGCGGGGCCAGAACUUUACACAAAUCAUUUGUGUAAUUUUUUUUUUUGCUCUGGAUCAUCUAUGAUGACCUUUUAUACACGCUUUGAAUUCAUGCUAAAGGUCAAAAAGUCACAGUAUUAAUAAUGAGAUUAAAAAAAAAAAUAACGACAAAGUC